AUGCACUUCUCGACCCUUGCGAUGAUGGUGAUGUUCUCUUGUAGGGCUACGUCUCUAAUUGUGGAAAAGGCAUCCUUAUAUUCCAAGGAGGCAUGCAAAGGACGAGCCUAUACGGUCGAGCCGGACGACAAAUGCAAGCUCUUACCUAGCCAAUGGCAGAAAAGUAUUACCGGUGCGCAUAUCCCGGAGGGUGUUGUCUGCGAUUUUUACAACGACGAGCGAUGCGAAGCGCCCCUCUGGAUUGGCAUGGAGGAUCCUGGAACUUGUGAUUUCAGCGAGCUUGAAAUCGAGAAACAGGCAGUAGCGAAAUGCUCUUUGUCUCGGAUACGUCCCUGCCGUGACUCGGCACACCGCUCACCAAUAAUCUUCCAGCAGCUGUAG